UCGUAAAAUUUAGAUAGUUAAGUUAACUUAUACAAUAAUUGGAAAUUGUUGUAAAUUCCUUUUUUUUUGUACCUAUUAUAAAACAAUUCUUUCUAUUAAAAUGAAUUUUUGUUCAUCUAUCUGUCUGGUAAUUUUAAAUUUGAUUACUUUUAAGAUUAUUUAUGGUAGUAUAUUAUACCAUCUGUGGUUAGUAUAAGCAAAGAAUAUUGUAAGGUAUGUCAAAAAACUGUUUAGUUAUGGUAUUGUCAGAAAGCGGUCUAAAAAGAAACAAUGGUCAACAAAUUGUUAAUGAUACGUACUACUGCCCAGUUUUGGGUUGUAAGUAUAACUUACAUUUUGGUCAAUCUAUGAAAUCUUUUAAAACUCAAAAACUUCUUAAACAACACUGUAUCAAAGUGCAUUCCGACAAAAAAUACAAAUGUGAUAAUUGUGAAAAAGGUUUUCCUUUGGAAUCGACAUUAAAAUCACAUCGUAUAACAUGUGGAGUAAUAUAUUCUUGUUAUUGUGGGGUUCAAUACAAAUCUCCAGAAGCAUUUCUCACUCAUACAAAACGAAAACAGCAUAACAUUGGAUUAGGAUAUUCAACUAUUAUGAAAUUUUUGAAGACAAGAAAAUUGUUGCCAAACACAGAAGAUGUACAAGAAUUAGAAUCUAGUAAAAGAUCAACUCAGACACAAACUGUUACUGAUAUUCAAACUUUAUCAGAUUCAUCAACUCAGACUACAUUUGAAAAUAAGGAUUUCAUGUUAAGAUACAAUGAUCCAAAACUCUCUUCUGCUACUUCUAGUCCUAUAAGGCGGUUAUGUGCACAGACUCAAACUGAUCCUAUGGGUGACUCUAUUAAAAAUGAUCCAGAUCCAAUGUUUUUAGAUUCAGAAACACAAACCAAUUUCGAAUUUUUAGAUAUUUAUACUCAGACUGAAGAAUCUGAAUGUUUAUUUGGCGAUUUAGAAUUUACCAAUAUUCAAACACAGACACCUUGUAGUUCUUUAUUUCAUGAUGAUUCCAUUGACACAAGAAAUGAUAAUUCUAUAAAUACAAAUAUGAUAUGAUUUAAUUAAAAUCAUAAAACAAAUUUGUGUAGGUAAUAUAGCAAAUAGAAUUUAAAUUUUAAAUCUUAGUAGUAUUACAAACCAUUGCUUAAUUUGCUUAAUUAGUGCAAUAAUCAGUCAUUUUAAUUUUGAUAAUAUACCUAUAAGUUUUGAAUUUCUAGUAUCAUAUUAAUUGUAUGCUAUAUAAAUGCAUAUGUUUAGACAUGUAUAUGCUGAUUUUAUUAAAAAACUGCAAGUAUGUCUCAUGUAUUUAUUUCUUGACAUUUCACUACCCCUCUAAAGUGAUCAUGUAUAUACAAUUUUUAAAUUUUUUAUUGAUUAUUUUAAGGCUAGUAGUACAAGUAAACAUACUGUCAUCACCUAUAUUGACACAUAUUAUAUAUUAUGAUUAUUAAGUUGCAGUUGUUUUAAAUAAUUUUAAAUAACAAUUAAUAAUCCUUUAACUAACAUAUUGAAUGUUAUUUUGUACAAUAUAUAUUUUUUAAUUUUAUAAAAUGGCUAAAUGAUUAAUUAUUUAUAAUAAAAUAUUAAACAAUGAGCAAUUAAUUGAUCAUAAAAAUAGAUUUAAUAAUUGUUUGUUAAAAAAAGUAUCAAAAAAAUCACUUAUAAUGGUGUUCAAGGGACCAAGAAAAAUAGGUAAUAAUAAUUGAUAGGUUAUCAAAAUUCAAAAAAAGUUAUUACUUAAUAGUACAUUAUAUUAUUAUUAUAUUUUAAUCACAAGUCAUUCUAACUAUAUAUUUCUAUUAUUUAAAAGUAAAGUGUAUUUAUUUUAUGUUAAAAAAAUCUGUUAUUUUUACUAACAUAUAUUUUUUUUAUAAAAUAGUGCAGUAUUUUUGUUUCUAAUUUUUCAUAGUUUGUGUUUGAUCUUGUAUUAUUAAUAACCAUAUAAAUGACACUAGUUGUUAAAUAUUUUUUUUCUUGAAAUUUAUUGUUGUCAUAAACCAUUAAUAAUAUAGACUGUAUAUUGAAUGUAUGUUAUGUGGAUAUUAUAGAUAAUAUGCUAUUUGUCUAAAAUUACUAAAAGUAAAUGUCUACAUUCAUAAUAUGAUCAUUACUUAUAAUAUGAAUGUCAUAAACUCAUAAUAACCAAAACAAAUUAGCAUAUUAUAUACCAUAUAAAUUUUUUUGAGACUUUUAACUUUUAUGUCUUUUAAUACGGUAUGUUACUACAACUGUUGUUACUUAUAAAGUUAUAAGUUAUAAGCAACUAUUACUUGUGUUUAUAAAAUAUUUAAAUAUAUUAUUAAAAUUAUCUUUAGUACACACUUGAAUUACUUAUAAACAUGUUAUAUUUAUUGAUAAAAUAUUUGUGGUUUUUUUAUUAUAAUAAUAUAUUAUAUAAUUAGAUAUGAACAAAAAAAAAAAUGUAUUUAUAAUAUUUAGAAGAGUUUAUUACCCAAUUGUUUUAAUUUUAUUAGAGUACUAGAUACAUUAUUAAAAUAUUUUAAUUAUAACAUUUUGAGUUACAUAAGUAUAAAUUUAAAUACCUAUAUUGUUCUCAUUAUACGCUUGUGUAAUGAAAAUUACAGUUAUUUUAUCCAG